CAUAUGCCCCUCUGGGAAAGCCCUGCGGUGGCUGGAGGCUGCCGAGGGCACAGCCUGAGCUCUCCCCCCUGCCCCAAGGCCCCGGCACCCCCAGCGCCCUGGCUGGACCCCCUGUCCCUCGGGGCACCCGGUGCGGCACUGCCGGGCCUUGGGGCGGGCUCUCCCUGCCCCCUCGCCUGGCUGAGCUGUUUGGGCUGUCAGAUGGUGCUGGGGUUGCUGCCGCCGCCGCCUCCUCCUCCUCCUCCUGUCCGUGAGGUGCCUGGCACUGCCAGGCCGCGCGCAGGGCCUGUUUGUCAUCGAGAAGGAACCUCUGCAACGGCCUAACGCUGCAAGUGAUGGGCUCGGAGAAUAGUGCUUUGAAGAGCUACGCACUGGAAGAACCACCGUUUACGCUGCCAACUGGACACACGAUUUACCCAGCUGUGUUGCAAGAUGGCAAACUUGCUUCAGUCUUUGUGUACAAGACAGAGAAUGAAGAUACAGUUAAUAAAGCUGCCAAGCACCUGAAAACCUUGCGCCACCCUUGCCUUCUGCGCUUUCUCUCCUGUACUGUGGAAGCAAAUGGGAUCCACCUGGUUACAGAACGUGUGAAACCUUUGGAGAUGGUCCUGGAGACACUCUCUUCUGCAGAAAUCUGUGCAGGGAUCUACGAUGUGUUGCUGGCUCUCAUCUUCCUCCAUGACAGGGGAAACUUAACACAUAACAAUGUCUGUUUGUCAUCUGUCUUUGUAAGUGAGGAUGGGCACUGGAAACUGGGAGGAAUGGAAACAGUCUGCAACUUUAAUGAAGCCACUCCAGAGUUCCUGGGUCAUGUGAAGUCCGUGCGAGACCAGUCGUGCAUCCCUUGUGAAGAGAUGUCUGCAGAUUUCAAAAUUCUACCCAACAGCUAUGGGUAUGCACGGGAUGCUUACGCAUUUGGAAUGAUGGUUGAAAAUCUCCUGACUGCCCUAAAUGAUCAGGUUUCAGCAGAUAUUCUCUCCAGCUUUCAGCAAACGUUGCACUGUACACUGCUGAAUCCAGAUCCAAAGUGUCGUCCACCACUGUCAAGCUUAUUGUCUCAUGAGUUCUUUAGGAAUGACUUUCUGGAAGUCGUGAACUUUCUGAAGACCUUAACACUGAAGUCUGAGGAGGAAAAAACUGAAUUUUUCAAAUUCCUGCUGGACAGAGUGGCCUGCUUGUCAGAGGAGCUGAUAGCAUCACGGCUAGUGCCUCUCUUACUCAAUCAGCUUGUAUUUGCUGAACCUGUAGCUGUCAAGAGUUUUCUUCCUCAUCUGCUGGGUCCAAAGAAAGAGCAAAUUGGAGAAAGCCAAACCAACUGCCUCCUGUCACCAGCCUUGUUCCAGACUCACGUGAUCCCUGUGCUGCUGAAACUAUUUGAGGUUCACGAAGAGCAUGUUCGGAUGGUGUUGCUGUCUCACAUUCAUGCCUACGCAGAACUGUUCUCUCAGGAAGAGUUGAAAAACAUCAUAUUGCCACAGGUACUGCUGGGCCUUCGAGAUACCAGUGACUCUAUCGUUGCAAUAACGCUGCACAGCUUAGCAGUUCUUGUCUCCCUGCUUGGACCUGAAGUAGUUAUAGGUGGCGAAAGAACUAAGAUUUUCAAAAGCUCUGCACCAAGUUUCAUGAAAACUACUGAUCUGUCUCCAGAAGACUCCCCCAGUCAUGUUGUAAGCAAUCGGAGAAAUCCACCCUCUCGGCCUGUGAAGAUUAACUCUAGUGUGUUCCCCAUCUCUGGAAAUGUACCUGUCAAGAAACAUUCUGUGCGACAAGACAAUCCACUGGCUUUAAAGACAGGUGAGCAAGACGUUCACCUCCCCCUGAAUGGAGUUCCUGGAAACAUUAACACACUAGGGAGCAGCAGGAGCUCUUUGACUGCCUCUGAAAAGCCAGCAGAGGAGUGGCCAGACUGGAGCGAGGCAGAGGAGACAGACACCGAGAAAACUGUGAACAUCCAAAUUCAGCCUCGAGAGUCAGAGGGCAGAGCAGGACCUUACUUUGCUGAUCGUGAUGUUGAUGAGAAGCCAUGGGAUGACUUUGAGCCCAGCAGCCCUAGUCCUGAACUGUCCUCAGGAACCUGCCUCACUGUGACACAAGCUGAUGCAGUUCAGCUGCAGAGGCCUCCACCAGGGACCCAUCCACUAAGCAAAGAAUUUAAAAGCCUCAAACUGAGUUCCCCUGCAACGUCCUACCCUGGGAGUAGCUGGAGCAAUGACAAGUGGGACCACCAGGAACAACUGGGAGAAACCUUUCGGGAAAGGUCAAAGUCUUCAUCAGAGUCUGGCCUAGGAGAAGAGUUCACUAUUCAAGUGAAAAGAAAACCUGUGCAAGACCCUGAGCUGGACUGGUUUGCUGAUAUGAUCCCAGACAUUAAACCAUCUUCAGCAAUCCUGAUUUUACCUGAAGUGAGGACAGAAGCAGUUGCUCCCAGUCACUCUGGUGCAGUAUCCAGCAGAGAAGGUGCCUCCCAGAAUAUGCUGUUUUCAUCCAAAUUUGCAGCAAUUGAUGUUACUGAGGCUGAAGCCACAGGCUGGGGUGAAGAGGAAGAGGUGAACUGGGAAGAUGAUACUAACUGGUGAUGGCACUGAAAGAGACAAAGGCUUUACAGCGUGCUGGAUUCUGUAAGAGAAGUCAUUGCUUCCACGGUAUAAUGGAUAAGUACCUCAGCACUGCUUUAGCUGGAAGACAGGCACUUGCUGCAGCAGUCAGCAAGAUCUCCCACAGGGCCUGAUCCCUUCCUUGCAAAGGAUGCUCUGUUCCAGCCUGUGCCAAAAACUGCAGGGGUGAGGCCUGCACUCAAGCAAUAUGCCCAGCUGCAGUGCAUGCCACUGCUACAGGAAGGAGGAAUAAUCUGAAUGGUGUGUCGGUGCUGACGUGCUACUGGAGGACAUGAGUGGUGUAAGCUAUUGUUCCAGAAAUCAUCGCUGCUCUGAAAAACUGAUGACAAUAAAUGAAAGUUACAUUCAGUUCUUUUGUUAAUGUGCCUUUUUUUCAGAAAAGCAAAGCCAUGAGAAAUGGCUCAUUUUAACUUUUUAUCUAGAAGAUGAUUUUAAGAUGAAUGUACAGUUUACUCAACAUAUUUAUAUCUGUUUAUACCAUUCUGUCAGUGGAUGGCACAAGAGGUGCUAGGAAACUUGCAGUGAAGGACUGGACUGUUAAACAAGCUUGUGUUCAAGUACCACAUUCAUUCUGCUCUUAACUGCAACCAAUAAAGAUUAUUUUUAAAAGAUGA